UUGUACGCAUUGAGCACAUAAUCGAUAAUUAUACUGUAACGAAAAACCAAUGAACAAAUAAAUGUAUUAAAAAAGAAAGAGAGAAAAAAAGAGAAAAUAGCAAUGAUCGCAGUAAAGUAGAUCGUGGUGUGGGGUUUUCUUCUCUUAAAAGGCGUCAAGCCAAUUAUCCAAGGAAUCAGGUUCAAUUAAAAGGCGAGUAAGUCGGAAUGACCGCUGCUUACACAAACGAUCUCUUAUCUAAGGAACAGAACGCAGAGAGAAAGACAGUUAUAGGCAUGAUAGUCAGUAAAGUAGUGCACAACAACAACGAACAGACAACGUGCGAGGAAAGCAUUGAAUUCGCUUCUGGAGAAAUGACGAAGCUUGCAACAGGUGGCCGAGAACAAGAAAAAAUCCUUGUUAAUCAAGAACAGCCAACGGUUUCUACAUCAGUUGAUGCAUCAGAAUCGUUCGAACAGAGAGUUGAAGAUACCGUGGAAUAUAAAGAUGUUGAAGACACUGAAUUUCCAGGAAAAAGUAAGAAUAUUUCAAUCGACACCGGAAAUAAUAAAAAUACAAUUACUGAUACAAUUGCUGAAAUUAGAAACGAAAUGCUAAAAGACUCGGAUGAUUCAGGUACACCGCCAAAGUCGAUUUCGAAUUCGAAUUCGAAUUCGAUCGCGUCAAUGAAAGACGAUGCGAUUUUUACCGAAUACGAUUCACAAGAUACAACGUUGGGAACACGUGAAACUGAUUUUCCUUCGCAGAGCAAUUGCGAGAAUCGCAUUUUUCAGUUGCGAGAAUUACAAGAUUCUGUUAAUAGUAUCAGCACAGAAACAACAAAUUUUUCAAACAGUUAUAAAAUUUUUAACGAGCCAUUGGACAAUAAUAUUCAAAAAGAUGCCGAAGAAAUAUAUGAUCCAGAAAGUGAACUGAAUUUUCACGAAGCUGUACGUGCUGGGGACGCAAAGUGUGUUGCAACACUUCUUACAGGUGAAUCCGUACAAAACCUGGACGAACCGGAUUGGAACGUUUCAGGUGAUCCACCUUUGCUAGUGGCCGCUACAAAUCAUUGUUUUCCUAUUCUCAGUUUAUUACUUGCGAACGGAUGCGAUCCAGCUGUACGCUCCCCUCGUGGUGAGACAGCGCUUCACAGAGUGAUCUUAAAUGGAGGGCCAGGAAAUGUAUUACAAUUUGUAGGAGAACUCCUGAAAUAUGGUUGUCCUUCAGGCGUGAAAGAAGCUGGUGGAGGUUUAACUGCACUGCACAUAUUAACACGCCAGCUAGCGCACGCGCAAGGAUCAAAAAAUUUGCAUCAUAAUUUUGAGGCAGCUUUGAAAACACUUGAUUUAUUAGCACGUGCUGGCCCUGUUAAUGCAAAAGACCAUCAAGGUCGCAGUGCACUCCAUAUUUUAGCUUCCUCCACCAUUUUUGAUAACAAUCAUAGAACUGAAAUCGAAUCGUUGAUUGAAACACUAUUAGCUGUUGGCGCGGAUCCAUCACUAAAGAACGAUAGAGAAGAAACUCCUUUACACGAGUGCCUUGAGUGCGGUGCUUUAAAUACUGCGUUUUUACUUAUACCACACACGCCAACCGGUAUAAUGUCACGUUAUGGUGAAACUCCGUUGCACAUUGCCUCCAGAAAAAAUUAUGCCGAUAUGGUAGCGAAACUGUUGGAACACGGAGAAGAUCCUAGUAUACAAGAUGCUGGUGGUAACACACCGUUGCAUUUAGCUUCCGCAAGAGGUUUUCAUCAAAUCGUUUCUUUGUUGGUUACAUCGCCCCUUGCACAGUUAGAAAAAUUGAACGUAGAAGGAUUGACUGCCCUUCAAGUAGCCGCCGAAAGUGGGUUUGUUAAUGCAGUACGACUGUUAUUAAAAGCAGGCGCAGAUCCAAGUCAAACAGUUCAUUAUUGCACAACAAUUUUUCACCGUCACCCUGAUAUCUCUAUUUUAAUAGAUCACGAACUGAGUAGACGUCGCCAGCUUGCUGCUUGA